CCCGUUGCUGACAUUUAGGCCGCAGCAAUAUUAUUUCUUGAACCAGCAGGUCUCUUGCUGAACUGGCUGUGUUGGCGAGUGUCUUGUUCAUUGGCCCCACGCCUAGAGCUUUACUCUCGGAUAUUAGAUUACCCUAACGCCCAUUGUCUUUCCGGUUACCCGGUAGGCCGUGGACGUCAUCAUAACAAACCCAACUCCACAGGAGUUCAUUGCAAUCUUGCUUGACUGAGAGGGCGAUAUCAAGGCUUUAAUUGCCAGUAUCAUACCUAAUCAAUUUACACCUAGUCUGGGCGCUUGACGCACAUUACGUACAAAAUGCCUUCAGUCUUCCCUUCGCGAGACACUCUCGCCAGCGCUUUUGCGUCGAGAUACGGACUCAAACAGGAAAAGAAGCCGGCAGAGGUCCAGCCGGCGUCUGUUCCUAAGAGGCGUCUCUUUCCAGCAUGGAGUGCUGUGGACGAUGUCAAACACAAGGCUGAAGCUGUGGGACACGCUGCAGCCCAGGAAUUUGAUAAAGCUAGCCAGAAGGCGCAAGCUAAGACUGGCAAGAUCGAGCUGCAUUCCCCAAAGUAUUAUGCGGCCUGUACCUUUGGAGGAUUACUCGCUUGCGGCUUGACGCAUACUGCUGUGACUCCGUUGGAUCUGGCAAAAUGCCGCCUUCAGGUGGACCCUACCAUGUAUAAGGGUAACUUCGAUGCGUGGAGAAAAAUUGGCCGCGCUGAAGGGAUUCGCGGUAUAUUCACUGGUUGGGGUCCAACCUUGAAUGGAUAUUCCGCGCAAGGAGCGUUCAAGUACGGCGGCUAUGAAUUUUUCAAGAAAUUCUACUCUGAUCUCCUUGGGGAGGACGCCGCUAUCCGAUGGAGAACAUCUGUUUAUUUAGCUGCUAGCGCAUCGGCAGAACUUAUCGCGGACGUCGCACUCUGUCCGUUCGAGGCUGUCAAAGUGCGAAUGCAAACGACAAUCCCACCAUUUGCCAAGACCACAUUUGGCGGAAUCUCCCACGUCGUUGGCAAGGAAGGUGUAGCAGGCCUGUACAAGGGCCUGUACCCACUUUGGGGUCGUCAAAUUCCCUAUACAAUGAUGAAGUUCGCCUCCUUCGAACGAAUCGUGGAAAUGAUCUAUAAUCGACUUCCAGGCCAGAAGUCUGACUACAAUAAGGGGGCACAAACUGCUGUUGCGUUUACUGGUGGUUAUCUCGCUGGUAUUCUCUGCGCUGCUGUGUCUCACCCUGCCGAUGUCAUGGUCAGCAAGCUCAAUGCCAAUCGAUUGCCCGGGGAAGCCUUCGGUACAGCGAUGAGUCGAAUCUACAAGGAUAUCGGAUUCAAAGGGUUGUGGAACGGUCUUCCUGUCAGAAUUGUCAUGAUUGGCACAUUGACUGGUCUCCAAUGGAUGAUCUACGAUUCAUUCAAGAUCUUUAUGGGUCUCCCAACCACUGGCGGCCCGAAGGAGACGAAAAAGCAUUCCACAGAAGCUUAGAGCUACAACUAGCAAUCCUAUUAUGUUUCUUACUUUUAUCUAUCGUCGUUUUGUAUGUUAUUCGAAAAGGUCUUGUAGAUAUAGCCAACCCCUCUCAUACACUUUGC